AUGGCAUCACCUGAGCAAGCAGCCGCUGCAGCGAUUGCGCGCUGGGAGGUAGAAGAAGGCGGCAUCUGGAAGCCAUGCGAUGCAGAGGUGACUCUUGCAUUGCGCCUGGCUGGAGCUAGCCUGAAGCAGCGGGUGGACUGCAAGGUGCAAGGCAGAUCCUGUGAGCUUGAUCUGCUUCGUUUGGUCGAGCGCGAUAAGGUCACCGGCCUUUGCAGGAGCCUUCAACAGCUUCCGCCGAAUGCUGCAGAAGCUGCAGCUGCGCGGGCCGCCGCAGGGAGGGGCGCCGGCGUGACAUCCUGUGGGCCAGAAGCAACCGAGGCCCCAGUUUCACGUUCAAAGCGGACAUUGUCUGGCUACUUUCUGCGGAGUGGCGAAGAGACCUCACAGGCGAAAGCCGCUCGACACGAAGUGCAACCGCCAGCGCGCGAGAUGGCUGCUGGACAGCGGGGACAUGCAGCUGUGGCGAGAGCUGCAGACAAGGAGGAUGCCUCUGCUUCCGUUGACUCGAAGACAGGAAAUGAGCGAAUCGCUUCCAUCUUCGAAGAGAUGAGUGUCAUACAGAAGCUGCGCCGGGACCGGUUCCGUUCACAGGCCUAUGCCAAGGCUGCACAGGCUCUUCGGGCCCUGAAGGAGCCGAUUGCCAGUGGCGCUCAAGCCAAGGGCAUUCCAGGCAUCGGCUCCGGCAUGGCCGGUCGGAUUGAUGUGAUCCUGGCGACCGGAGAACUCAGUGAGCUGGACGAGCUGAAGCGUGACAGCGACGUCAUCGCAUUGCGCGAGCUUCGCUCUGUACAUGGAAUUGGAGCAGUUCGUGCAGCUGAGCUCGUGGAGCGGGGCAUCCGUUCACUCUUGCACCUGCGAGAAGCCGUUGCCAAGAAUCAGGUGCACCUCGAUGCUGCCCAGGUCGUCGGGCUGCGCCAUUGUGAGGAGUUCGCGAAGCGGAUACCUUAUGCGGAGAUGAAGGAGCAUCAUCACGUGCUUGAAGCCUGCAGACGGCGCAGCAAUCCCAAGUUGCUGCUCACAGUUUGCGGUUCCUACCGGCGAGAACGACCUGAUUGCGGUGAUAUCGACGUGUUGAUCAGCCACCCUGAUUACACAACGGCAAAGCGCGAUGCCAACGCUGGAGGGAAGCUCCUGCAUGCCUUUGUGGAGUCUCUGAAGCAUGAUGGGUACGUGACAGCGGACUUGGCUUUCGGCAACACGAAGUUUAUGGGUGUUUGCAGGCUGCCGGGAGACGAACGCUUGCACCGACGGCUCGACAUCCGCUGCUUGCCCAACGACCAGUACCACUUUGGCGUCGCUGCAAACGUCGCUCUUGGCUACAGCACUGCCUGGAACACCAAGCAUGUUUACCUUAACCAAAGCCCACCGACCUAUACAAUGGAGUGGGCACAGCGGACGCUGCCCGAGUUUCUGUUGAUGAGCAUGCAGGACUCGUUUGACAGGAAAAAAAGCAUUGCCUCGACCCCGUGGCAGCACUACGAGCUUUCCAUUGCGGAGGUUCAGCUUGAAGGUGAGGUGAACUUGAUUGGCAAGAAAGACGAGCCCAUGUUGCAGUUCGACAUCGACCUGGGGAUGCGCGUGGAUGUUGAGAAGAGAGUUGUAGAUCGUGCGAGAAAUGGUGACACGGACUAUUGGCCGAGCAUCGCACAAAUCGUACACUUUGACAACGAGAACAUGAAGCCGUCGAUAAUCACACGGCUACAAGAACUACCAGAAGAUGUGGCGCCCGAGGUAAACUGGUACCUCCAGGAGGGAAUGGGCCGGCAGUUCAUCUGGCAUGGACUGGCUAGGUGGCAUGCUUAUGCAGUCCAAAAGUGGCUGAAGCAGCAGAUUGCGCCCGCUGUGCAGGAUCCGCGUGACUGUCCAGUGUCCGCCCCAUCCUUUCCACCGUUUCUUGUGGAAGCCCGCAAGAGGUACGAGGACGAAAUUCGGCAGAUCCUGUUGAAUUCAGAUGAUGAGGAGGAAGAUGUAAAAGCGACCUGCCUUCUCGAAGAUGUGGAGCAGGAUGCCGGCCUCAGGUUGCCGCUCGUUGGGCCAAGCCAGAUCCACCCCAUGUCGAGGAAGAUUUUGUCGGAGUUCGACGGUUAUCCAGAAUAUGUCAGCCCCCCAGUUUCAGAUGACGAAGAUGACUUUGACCCCGCCGCGCCGUACGAAUUUAGCGAUGAUACCUUUGAGUGUAAACGGAAGGGGGCUCCGCCAAAGAUGAAGAAAUUUGGUCGAUACCCUUUUCUCCCAUCCAUGCUUGCAGGCCUGGGUGGUCCGUCAAAGGACUGGCUACCUCCAAAGCAGCAUGCAAUUGCUCAUCCGGAGUGGUUUCAGACUGCCACGAAGUCUGUCGUCAACACCAACGGCGUCACACACUUAGACCAUAUCUUGGAAAAGGCACGAAAGCGCAGGGAAGAGUUUGCAGCAUCAUCCGCAAACAAGCUCAUAUCGAUGCGGGCGGCGGAUCUUUGCUUGGCCAUCGAGAAGGGUGAUGCCAUGAAAGCUUUCGCCAAGCUCGAUGAGGAGACAGCCAGUUGUCCUCAUCCUGACACCGGGCGCUGUGCAGCACAUUACUGCAUCGCCAAGUCCUCCCACGAGAUGCUGCGGAUGGUGCUUGAAGCCAGGGCUGACCCAGAUGCUCGCGAUUCCUUUGGACAAACUGCUCUGAUGAUGGCCGCGAAGCAGGGCGACGACGAGUCGGCGAAGAUUCUCCUGGAAGCUGGAGCAGAUGCUACGCUGACGGACUCCCUGAACCGCUCAGCGUCAGAAAUGGUCAAGGUCACGCAGACGCAAGAGGAGCCGGAGGAGAAUCCACUUCGGCACUGGCGGGAGAAGAUGAUGGGAGAACCAAUCCCCGAGGAUCCCUCGAAAAAGAGCCGCGAUCUAAAAGCCUUGAUCGAUGAUCGAGAGCGACCAAAGAAGUACGGGUCUUUGUUGCUCGGAGCGCUGGCGCAGAAGGAUGUCAGGACGGCCGAGGCUGCGAUGGAGUCAGGUGCAGAUGUGAACCUUCCAGACGACAGGGGUGACACCGCCCUCCUGCUUAUCGUCAAAAGCAAAUGGAAGGACUCUCAAGGUUUGCAGAGCCGAUUGGUGAACAAGGCAUACAAAGCUGGUGCGAGUGUGAACUUCCAGAAUCUACAAGGCAACUCUGGCUUACACUUCGCAUGCCACCGUGGAAGCCUUGAGCUGACCAACUUGCUCUUGAGCUUGAAAGCCAACCCACGCCUCUCGAAUAGCGAGGGCAACACCCCGUUGAUGUACGCGGCUCAUAGCGGCCACGAGGAAGUCUGUGCAGCCCUGCUUGAAGCGGGUUCGCCAGUGGACGUGAAAAAUCGAGCAGGGCUCACGGCACAAGCUAUGGCAGAGCGGAAGAACUUCAAGUCCACAGCCGCUUUGAUUCACGCCUACCUGCUCGCACCCAAGCAGGAUAAUGAAGCCAAGAAAGUGGAAGCAAAGCGGAAAGAUGCCAAACCCCAGAAGCUGGACUUCGACUAUUCCAAAUGGGAUUCACUGGAGCGAGAGAUGCGUGAAGACGAGGAAGAGGAGCAGACAACUCGGAUGAGAGAAGCAAGCGCAGCUGCUCGAAGGCCGAUGCCAAAGUUUGAAGACCUGGGCCCAGAAGCCUUUGGCCUGCCUGCCGACACCCCCUGGCCGCCCGAUGCCUCGAAGAGGAAGAAGGGGCCUUUCGACUAUGGACAUUGGGACAAAAUCGUGGACGACAUCGAGCGCCAGGAGAAGGUGUUAGACAGGUACGACCGCUUGCAAAAGAACCCGCAGUACGAGUACCGAGAUGGCCAGAAGAUGCAGGUGAUCUUCUGA